AUGGCUCACCCACUACAAGAUUCCCCAUCAUAUGCAAGCUUCUUUCACGGCGCCCUUGCCGUCGUCCUACUGCUCCUGGGCGGCUCUACAUUCGCACUGGGCAUCUUCAUCCCGCAAGUGGAGGACUUUGCCUCGCCGCCGCACCAUUUAGAUGGCCUUUGGGAAACUGCCAUGGGUGCUAUGCAUCUCUUCUCUGCACCCGUUAUGAUCUUUGCUGGUAUCUUUCUAGACGCUGGAUUGGACGAUCCGCUUCCCGCCUCCCUCCCUUUUUGGGUUGGCAAAAGCUCCCGUCUUCGACUACUUAAUUUGCUCUCCGCGGUUUCGUUUGCUUGCCUUGCAUUUUCUGGCUAUGGCGCCGCACAUUCUGAUCGCUUUUAUUUGCUUUUCGGAGUUACUAUGCAGGCCUUUCCUCUCGCCAUCGGUACGUAUUCUUAUCCCAUCCCGUAUUUUCUAUCCCAUUUGAGCUUCGAAAAUACAUAUUCUGACGUGCGCUCCUCCUGUCUUCUUGCUGCGCAGUGUAUCUAA